AUGAUUGCCAUAAUACAAGAUGGUAUUAGCCAACUACUGAAUGUAGUUGGUUUAGAUGAAGCAAGUUUAAAAGUAUUAAUUUGUACACUUUUAUCAUUUCCAUUUAGUGCUAUUUAUAAGAGAUUACCUGAUCAUCGUUAUAGUUUAAAGAAUUGGUAUAAUGUAUUAGUAUCAGCGUUUUAUAUAUUUGGAAUAUUGAAUUUACGUUCAGGAUUAGUUACAUUAUUAAUUUCAUCUAUGGGAUGUUAUGUUAUCACCAGAUAUUUAAGAACACCAUCAAUGCCAUGGGUUAAUUUCUUAUUCUUAAUGACACAUAUGGCAUAUAGUCAUUUACAUACACAAUUCUUUGUUGAAUUUGAUCCAAAUGUUAUUGAUAUUACUGGAGCACAAAUGAUUCUUGUUAUUAAAUUAUCAGCCUUCGGAUGGAAUGUGUACGAUGGGAAACAACCAAGUGAGAAUUUAACUGAAUAUAAUAAAUCACGAGCAAUUAAGAAACAUCCAAAUUUAUUACCAUAUAUUGGAUAUGUGUUCUUCUAUGCUUCGUUAUUAACUGGACCUUCAUUUGAAUAUGCUGAUUAUGAUCGUUUUAUUCAUUCAACCUUAUUUGAUGAUGUUCCUGAUUCAAAGCGUCCAGGAAAGAACAGAAAGAGACGUAUUCCAAGAAGUGGAAUCCCAGCUUUAAAGAAAACAUUACAAGGUUUUGGAUGGGCAUUUAUAUUAUUCCAAGCUCCUAAGUAUUUAAGUGUUGAUUUCUUAUUGAGUGAUGAAUUUGUAACUGAACAUGGAUUUAUUUAUAGAAUUUUCUAUCUUUGGGCAAUGUCAUUUAAUUAUAGAUUGAAAUAUUAUGCUAUUUGGUCGAUUGCUGAAGGUGCAUGUAUUACUUGUGGGAUUGGAUAUAAUGGAUAUGAUCCAGAAACCGAUACAUUCAAAUGGAAUCGAGUACAAAAUAUUGAUCCUAUUGCAUUUGAAACUGGUCAAAAUGUUCAUGUAUGUUUAGAAGCUUGGAAUAUGAAUACUAACAAAUGGUUAAAGAAUUAUGUUUAUUUAAGAGUGGCUAAAAAGGGUAAAAGACCAGGAUUUAAGAGCACAUUAUUUACUUUUGCUACUAGUGCGUUUUGGCAUGGAACUAGACCUGGUUAUUAUUUAACAUUUGUUGGUGGUGCAUUCUUACAGACUGUAGGGAGAAUAUGUAGAAGUAAUUUCCGUCCUAUCUUUUUAGAAGCGGAUAGAAAGACACCAAAACCUACUAAGAAGAUAUAUGAUGUUGUGUGUUAUAUUAUGACUCAAUUGGCUUUUGGAUUCUAUACUCAACCAUUUGUACUUGCAACUUUCAGGAAUUCAUUAUAUGUUUGGUCUACUGUUUAUUAUUAUCUGUUGAUUGGAACAUUCCUUAUUAUAUUUAUCUUUAAAGGACCUUAUGCUAAACAAGCUACUAAGUUCUGUAAGUCAUUCCAUCCACAACCUGUUGAAGCAGCAGCUGCUCCUGUGGUAGAGAAGGUGAAAUUAGAUGAAAAGAAAGAAGGUAAAUAUAAAUUAACUAAAGAAGAAUCAGAAUUGGUUCAUCAACAUUUACAAGUUACAGAUUUAUAUGAAAGUCCAACAUUGGGACUUCCACCAAUUGAUUAUAUUGAGAAAGUACAUAAAGAAGAUAUUGAUAAAGAAAUUGAGAAUUUAAGAAAUGCAUGGGUAUCCUUUAAAGGAAGAAGACAUUCUAUUGGUGAUGAUGAUUUUGAAGGUUUAAAAGAUGCUUAUAAUAAUUUUAAGAAUGAAAUUAAUGAAAUAUAUGAAAAACAAAAACAAGAAUUAUUACAUAAUAGUAAUAAUGACGAUACCAAGAAACAAGAAUAA